GGAGGUGUGUUAGUGGUGGAGGACGCUACCAGGAGCGCCGCGGGGCGAGGAAGGGCCCCAGCCGAACUCAGCAUCGCCGACGACGACGACGACGAGCGAGCAGCAGCACCGAUAAAUAUGUCGUCCCCCAGCGCCGGCAAGCGACGCAUGGACACGGACGUUAUCAAACUAAUAGAAAGCAAACACGAGGUGACGAUUCUAGGAGGACUAAAUGAAUUCUCCGUUAAGUUCUACGGUCCACGAGGGACGCCCUACGAGGGUGGAAUAUGGAAGGUGAGGGUCCAUCUGCCGGAGCACUACCCCUUCAAAUCACCUUCGAUCGGUUUCAUGAACAAGGUCUACCAUCCCAACAUUGACGAAGUCUCGGGCACGGUGUGUCUAGACGUUAUAAACCAGGCUUGGACUGCCCUUUACGACUUGUCAAAUAUUUUCGAGUCUUUCCUGCCUCAGUUGUUAACAUAUCCCAAUCCAAUCGAUCCCCUGAACGGCGACGCUGCCGCGAUGUAUCUUCACAAACCCGAAGAGUACAAGAAGAAGGUGGCGGAUUACGUCAGGAAGUACGCGACGGAGGAGGCGCUGAGGGACCAGGAGAACGGUGGCACCGGCAACGGGAUGUCGUCCGACAGCGAGUCGUCGAUGAGCGACUUCAGCGAGGACGAGGCGCAGGACAUGGAGUUGUAACCAAAUAUAUUACCAUCCGCGCGUACCCAUAUCCUUAAUCAUCUCGAUUCCCUGUAAGAUCCCCCCCUCCCCGAUCGCUCGUCCUUACUACCAAAUAGAUGCUUACACCCGAGACUCCCGAGUCUCACUCUUCUGGUAACGGCGACGAGGUUUUCACCCCCUUCACCCUUCUCUCGUCGCCGCUCUCGUCGCCCGUCGCUCCGUGUAUAAACACAUACACCGUGAGGGGAGGGGAUGGAGGAGUUGGUGGCUCGACCAUCCUCCGGCACCGACGAGAGCGAAAGUGACGGAGACGAACGAGGUAAAAAAAAAAAAAGCGGAGAAUCCGCGCUCUUCUCACCCCCGAGCGCGUUUCCCGAGGGGGCGUUUUCUAUUCACGGCAGCGAUGUCUCUUACAGCGAUCGUGUCCAAGCUCUUGGCUUGAAAUUACUUCGUUAAUUAUUCGCUGCGAUUCAAUUGUCACGAUCACGACGUAUUGACAUGAUUAUGACGUGCUCGUCAAACGAGGCGUUUCGCACGCAUGAAACUCGCGGUGUCUUGUAAAAAUGUUCCGACAGUCGAAUGCUCUUACUCACUUUCCGAGUGCGAACAAGAGAAAGAGGAGAGGUAUAUAUUUGAGACAAGGAGAAUCGAAGAGAGAGAGGACCAUCGUUGGUGUUUACGGUUUGUUGGAUUCGCAGUAUCGAUUUUUUCGAAAUUAUAUCCUCCGGUGUAAUGCCGGUUAUCGAUCGGGUAUCGAAGCUUCUGCUGCGUGUGUACCUAACGAUGCGUUUCUCUAUGAACAGCGUAGCAGUAACGUAUCGUGCGUAAUGUAACGGUUUAAGAGCUGUACCAGCUCUGACAUAUUCGCCCGGUUCACGUUUUCCUCGGUUUUUUUUUCUUUUUCUUUUGAGAUUCUCUCGCCCUUGUUCGUUCUUUCUUCCGAGCGCCCGCGGGCGCGUUCGUCGUUGUGAUAUUCCGAAAACACGUGAUCGAAAGAUCGAAGAGCAGCACGGAGAGGGAUGCGCGGCGACACGAAAUUUUAACGACGAACGAAUCGAUCAAUCUGGCACACAGUACAGCGCACACGCAUCCGCCUCCACUAACGACUUCUUUGCUGCUACCUUAGACUGUGUUAGCAUCUAUUUAGAGAAAAUUAUUUUUACAUUCGACAAAAAAUCGCAAUCAAUCGUUACUCAUUCUUCUCAUUCUUUGAAAUUUGCGAAAAAGUAAACGCUAUAAAUAUCGCCCAGUUAGAGGGAGAAAAGCAGAGACGAGCGUAUACGUUUGCCUUCGCAAUCUUUUUUUUCUUUCUUUUCCUCGCUCGUCGAUCGAUCAUAAAAACCGGUGCGCGUGUCACGCGCGUCAGUUUCAGGUUUCUUUUUUUUUUUUUUUUAAGCUUUUUUUAAGCAACAGUGAGACACGCAAAAAUGUGUGAUGGAGUAUGGGUACUAGCACCGUCUUCCUUUUUCCUGCCAUCACCAUUCCCAAAACGUUUCCCCUCCCUCCCCCUCGUAGGGCUGCGCAUCAGCGACCGAUCGCCAUGUCGUCGUCGUCGUCAUCGGCAGCGGCAGCGGCGGGGAAAAGAUCGAACCUGCCACGCAAACGGCCGCACGCGAACGACGCCGGGACGACGCAGCCGCUAGCCAAGACUGCGCGAUUGCGGAACCAUCCCGGGAGAAUGAGUGCAAACGAGACGACUCCGAAUACGUUUCAAGCAGCGUCCUCGGCGUCCCGCCACGAGCUGUGCGCAUCGGGCGGGCGAAACGCGGAAGAGGCGCAAGCGAACGAAGCCACAGGACUGUCAUCGGCCGUGUGUCCAUCCUUCGGAAGUGAAUGUAGAUUUAGUUGAUGUCCCCGGUGGGUACGGAUCGGUUACGCGAUUUAACACUCGCUCGCGGAAAAUUUUAAGUCAAUUUGUACUAUUUUAAUCUCAUUGUUAUUAUUCGACUCAUUAUAGAUUUCAUUAUAUAGAUUAUUGUUAUUAAGAGGAGGACGUAUAUAUUAAAUUGAAUUGGUUUGUUACAUUGUUUGGAGAGAUGCUUUGCUUUUCCGAGAAAGAGUGGAAACUGGAAAUAUCCUUGCGUUUAAGGAAACGAAAAAGAACGAACAACUACUCCCCCCCCCCUCGACCUACUUAAUUAAUCAUUACUUCCAUCCGCUAAUGCAGUUUUCUUAAGUUUAUUUCGAAUGUUAGAGCUAAAGAAAAUGAAAUCAAAGGACUCAGGGAAUUUCCGUUUGAGAAACAAAAACUAUGGUUGUAUCAUCGCCCGAAGUAUAAAGCAAGAGACGUGAAUUCGAAUACAUUCAGAGUAAGAAAGCGCGAGGAAAGGACUAGAAUUUAUUUUUAUGAUUGACGAUAUAUCAGCGUAUUUAAAUUUUCAAAAACGAAAAACAACAAAGAACCAAGUAGAGUAAAAAGAAUUGUUUGGCAAAGUGUAGGAAAAAAACUGUAAGUUUAUAAAAUAUAAAAUUGUACAAACCUUGGUGCACAAUAAUCUUCGAUCAAUAGUAUCUCGUUUCAAAUUGAUCUCCCUCCUUUGCAUGAUUUACAUGUAUGCAAUGCGAUUUAUAGCAUGUACGUAAGUAUAAACAUUAUAUUUCAGUGCCUUCUCAGGCAGAAAAGCGUGCCUUAUUAUAUGGGUCUCCCGUAAAGAAAUUUCAUUGGAACAUAUGAGUGAAUACGACGAGCAUUUUUAGCGUUAACGGAUCUCUUCGAAAUUACUUGUGCUUUGAAGCAUUGCAAAAUUAAUACCGAAUGUGUUUUUUUUUAGAGACUAGGAGAUAAAACGUCGAUUAAACGAAGCUUCAGUAAUUCCUCGGUGAUGAUUGAAAAAUGUGUAAAAUCGUCAGCGGAAAAGACAGGAUGUAAGAAAAGAUGUGAAAAAGAAAACAUUUCACCGAUCAAAUCGAUAUGUCUAUAUUUGAAAUUUUGAACAGACACAACGCUUUACCUAAUUCAUAUAAACACGAUAUCGUAAACCGUCGCCAAAACUGCGUUGCUUGACCUGCUUGGGCGCGUCGGUCGUAAAAAAAAACAACGCAGCAGCUACAGUAAUCAAAUUCAGAAUGUAUAUACAUAUAGCAAAACAAAAGUCACGAUUUUUUUUAUUUUUACGCCGCUAUAUCUGUACACACUUAAUACAAAUUCGUUGCCCACGCUCUCGCGGUCGCAACUUUUAUUUCGUCCGCCGAUAAAGCUUAUCCAGGUUUUUAAUGUAUUACGCAACACAUUACGCUCACUUUUUUCUCUUCUUUUUUAAAGAACGCUAAGUUUUAUGCAACGAGAAAACGAUAUGUAAUUUAUACGCAGGGAUAUUCGCGCUUUUACGUUUAUUACGUUAUUAUUUAAGACGGACUUUCGUGGACACGGCCUGUUUCCCAGCGAAUCCAUUCCGUUGGCGACGUGUACUGCAAUGUAUUUACCGUUCCGAGAAGUCGCUAUUAAGACUUAAGUGAAAUCAGGUACGGUUUUCGUACAACUUGUCAGAAGCAAUGUCGUUUUUUCUGUUUUUUUUUUUUAAUGCUUUUCUUCUUUCUUGGUUCGUGCAAUUAUGUAAAGCGACUCAAAAAAAAUUCGUCAGUUGCUCUUCGUUACAUUUUUUCAUAAUAUAUAUGAUACAUUCGUCCCACUGGCUUCGUUAUUGUUACAAUAUUUCAGUGCUUUUCGAGACUCGGUGUGCAAUCAACAAAGUACGAUAUAUGCGUCAUCACUUGGAUGUGCAUCAAGAGAAAUGUACAGUUUAUUCAGCAUGAAUACUUAGAAUUAUCUCUCAGCCGUACUUAUAUAGAAAGAGAAAAGGAAAAAAAUUAUCCGCUACCCCUUUAAUUCGCACUGUGUCUCUCUCGCGGGAACGCGCGCGCCUUUUCUACUUUUAUUUCUGUAAGUUAGCACAGUACCGUAGCUUUAACGCGUCUAAUGUCUCGUCGGCACUGUACUUUUUAGAUUUCAUUCAUUCAGAACCAAAAAAAAAAUAUAUAUAUAUAUAUAUCAUCAUCAUCAUACAUAGAAUGUACGUUUCCAGUGGAACCGUGUCGAUUGAGUUUGAAGUCGUGCUCUCAGAUCUCACAUCGUUGCUAAUUAUAUAUGUAACAUAUAGAAUUAUUGACUAGUUAUACGCAUAAAUAAAUAAAUAUAUAUAUAUACAUAUAUAUAUUAUCGAUCAUAUUCGCAUAUAACUUUAUAUUAGCUUUAUUAUGUAUAUGGUUUUACUAACGAGUUGUUUAAGCGAAAAAAGAAUAAUUUUAAUAAUCAUUUUUUAUAUAUUUUUUUUGCAAGUGUUGUUUGUUCCUCCUGUCAACUGAUGAACUUAACGCGUCUCCGUUUCGGCUAUUGGGAUCGUUUUUUUUUUCAGUCGUGCUCAUUAUAACGAAGACGUCGAAAAUUUUCCGCGACAUGCGUAAAUUGAUAUUGAAUUAUUAUCGGGUUAACGCUUAGAUUAAUUGUAAUUAAUAUUUCGUUUUACAAUGCGAAGAUCCAUUGCCUCUAUUGUGUUCAAAACCUUUUUGUAACAUUGAAUAACGUCUAAAAGGCAUAUUUUUGUACAUGUAUUGCAAUGAUAUAAUAUAGCGAUAGCUGCAUGUUCUUUAUCCUAUGUCGGAUUUCAUCGCCAUUUUAUUUUCCCCCUCUGUGAUCAUAAAUAAUGGAUAAUCAAUUAUUUUUGUAAUCGCGUACAAUCUGCCUCACACACAACACACACACACACACACACACACACACACACACAGAACGAUUAGAGUCUCCGCGUGUAAGAUGCAUUGCUUAUUGUCGUUCUUUUAAUUCCGUACGAAAUACGUCGAAUGUUUUCCGAAGUAAUUGUACAUUUAAAGGAAUCAUUUGUACAUGCAAAGGAGUCGUUACGUAUAACACGAGAACUACAUGAUUUACAUAUAAGUGAUAAUAAAUUAUAAGAGUCCUAAGAGAAAUAUUGAAACGAGAGAAUUUGAAACUGCGAUUAUUGUGAUCGAUUGGUUCUUCCUGGCAUAUUUCUGUGUUUCUUAAUGUCCCACCCGUAAAUCUUAUUCGCGAGAAAGAAUGUAAGUAUAUAUUUACCGAUGACAAUUCCGAUUAUAUAUCGAGGGAGAAAGAGAGAGUAACUGGCGGGCGACGGGCGAUGCCACGUGUGUUUGUCAAAAACCAUUAUGUCAACGACACAUGAUGUGAUCGAAGGGGUGAGGGAUUCGUUUUUUGCCCGAUUCAGUUUUGUGUUCAAACGAUAUAUAUAUAUAAAUAAAACUACACAUCCACCCACGCAGAAACACAGAGUGCGAAACGCGUUCUAUAAGCGAAGCGUUCUAUUAAUUUCGCGCCACGGCGUGCACGAUCUACGACUUUUUGCGAGAAUCAUAACUCGGAGUUGCAACUUCAACGUUAUACAAAAGGGAAAUAAAGAAAAGGGAGGAAAAGCAGACGCUCUCGGGAGUCGGAGCCAAAAAAUAUAACUGAGACUUUCAUUGUUCGCGGAACUUAAUUCCUUGUCGUGCAGCGUAACGUACGUCGAAAAUAGGGAGACUAUAGAAGUCGGUAUAGAGCGGUCGUUAUCAAAGAGGUUGUUUAAACGCGCUUAAAUAGCGGGCACUCGUUCCGGAUUUCCAGCGCGUGACGUGAAUGAAGAAGAUAAUGAACGGCUGCUAUUCCUGCAGGUUCCGCCGGCGGAGCACGUAUCCUGAUUUGACAUCUCGUUUCUUUCUUUCUUUCUUUCCUCGCGGAGGUAAACGCUGAAUUAGAUAAUCCGAGAGGGAAACGUAUAUACUCUCUACCUUCGGAUAUUUUAAUCAGGACAGAAAGACAGCAAUAUUUUUGCUACUGGUUCGUAUAAUUAUAUAUAUCAUCGAGACGUUAGCGAGCGUGCCGCGGCGACGGCACGGGCGUCAGAGGCGUUUGCAAUAAUGGUUGACUACAAAGUUGUAAUAAGGAGGGUACACAGAUACACCAUAUACACACAUAUACACACACACAAUCGUUAUAUCGGUCCCGAUCCGUAACGAUAUAGGGAAACUAGUCGCCCGACAACGACGAUGCAGUUGCGCUUGCGGAAUACGCAAUUUCGAUUAUAUACCUACAUAGUUUGGCAAAUUCAUUUCAAUCACACGCUCUAUCGCGCGACAGCGAUUCCCCCCUCCUCCCCCUCCCACCUGUUUUCCGCUACCUUAUCCAUCCAGCCCAGAAAAUCAGACGACAGGCCCACCCUCUUAAUCAUCUCCCAACUAUUAGAUCCAGCGAUAAGAAGUGAACACCUAGCCAGUGUGAAUAUUUGCAAAAAUUAUAGACGGUGAACGCCGACAUUGUCUGCACGGGAGUCGGGUGGUAAUCGAGCAGCGCGCGGCGAACGCGCAAAAUAAAACAUGCGAUUGCACUGAUAUAUUUAUACCGAUCCGGUGAUUUGGACAUAGACGCUCCAACCGUUGUCAGUCCGCUGCAGAGAGCAACCGGGGGAAUGCGAUUGACGUUAUUAAAGAAGCUAAUAAAUUCGCGCGCGCUCGUAUUUUGUUACUCUUGCUUUGGGCAAUAUCGGCGUUCGCGGCGCAAUGGACAGACUUUCGCGUGUGUUAUUAUUACCGCUUUACACUUACUCAUCGAUUGUGCGAGAAAACGUACCUCCUAAAACCGUUUCCACCGUAGAUAAGCGAGGCCAUUUUCUAUUUUCGCGUCUGAAACAACAAAUAAUAAUAAUAAUAAUAAUACCCGAUGAGUUUUGCGUACUCACGCCAAGUGAGAAUUGCUCCGUCGCCGCGGGGAAGCGAAAUUGUAAGCGCGAGAAAA